ACUUUGUGUCAUCCAAUACAGUAUCCGUAAUUGGCUACUGCAGCUGUCGAUCGAGAAGUAGGCGGGGCCAUACCAACCUGGGCUAUAUAAGAAGAGGACAAAGGCGGCGCGCCGCCUGUGUCAUCCGCCAUUUUGUGAAAAGCAAGGUGGCCUCCACGUUCCCUGCGCGUCUUCUUCGCUUCUGCCUCGACCGCCCCUUGACCACAGAAAUGUCUCGGGAUCGGUUCCGGAGUCGCGGCGGUGGCGGUGGCGGCUUUCACCGGCGCAUCACCCGCCCUACCACCAGCAGCACCACCAGGGGCCCCCGCCCGGGGGCCCCGGCGGCCGCAGCGAGGAGAAGAUCUCGGACUCGGAGGGGUUUAAAGCCAACUUGUCUCUGUUGAGGAGACCUGGAGAGAAAACUUACACACAGCGCUGUCGGUUGUUUGUGGGAAAUCUACCUGCUGAUAUCACAGAGGAUGAAUUCAAAAGGUUAUUUGCUAAAUACGGAGAACCAGGAGAAGUUUUUAUCAACAAAGGCAAAGGAUUCGGAUUUAUUAAACUUGAAUCUAGAGCUUUGGCUGAAAUCGCCAAAGCCGAACUUGAUGAUACGCCCAUGAGGGGUAGACAGCUUCGAGUUCGCUUUGCCACCCACGCUGCCGCCCUGUCUGUUCGUAAUCUUUCACCAUAUGUUUCCAAUGAACUGUUGGAAGAAGCCUUUAGCCAGUUUGGCCCUAUUGAAAGGGCUGUUGUAAUUGUGGAUGAUAGAGGAAGAUCUACAGGGAAAGGCAUUGUUGAAUUUGCUUCGAAACCAGCAGCAAGAAAAGCAUUUGAACGAUGUAGUGAAGGUGUUUUCUUACUGACAACAACUCCUCGUCCAGUCAUUGUGGAACCACUCGAACAGUUAGAUGAUGAAGAUGGUCUUCCUGAGAAGCUUGCACAGAAGAAUCCGAUGUAUCAAAAGGAGAGAGAAACUCCUCCACGCUUUGCUCAGCAUGGCACGUUUGAAUAUGAAUACUCUCAGCGAUGGAAGUCUUUGGAUGAAAUGGAGAAACAGCAGAGGGAACAAGUUGAAAAAAAUAUGAAGGAUGCAAAAGAUAAAUUGGAAAGUGAAAUGGAAGAUGCCUAUCAUGAACAUCAGGCAAAUCUUUUGCGCCAAGAUCUAAUGAGACGUCAGGAAGAAUUAAGACGUAUGGAAGAACUUCACAAUCAAGAAAUGCAGAAACGUAAAGAAAUGCAGUUGAGGCAAGAGGAAGAACGACGUAGAAGGGAGGAAGAGAUGAUGAUUCGUCAACGUGAGAUGGAAGAACAAAUGAGACGCCAAAGGGAGGAAAGUUACAGUCGUAUGGGCUACAUGGAUCCAAGAGAAAGAGACAUGAGAAUGGGAGGUGGAGGAGCAAUGAACAUGGGAGAUCCCUAUGGUUCAGGAGGCCAGAAAUUUCCACCUCUAGGUGGUGGUGGUGGCAUAGGUUAUGAAGCUAACCCUGGAGUUCCACCAGCAACCAUGAGUGGUUCCAUGAUGGGAAGUGACAUGCGUACUGAGCGCUUUGGGCAGGGAGGUGCGGGGCCUGUGGGUGGACAGGGUCCUAGAGGAAUGGGGCCUGGAACUCCAGCAGGAUAUGGUAGAGGGAGAGAAGAGUAUGAAGGCCCCAACAAAAAGCCCCGAUUUUAGAUGUGAUAUUUAGGCUUUCAUUCCAUUUGUUUUUGUCUUCUUGUUUAGAUACCGAUCUUUUAAAUUCUUGCAUUUUAGUAAGAAAGCUACCUUUUUAUGGAUGUUAGCAGUUUAUUGACCGAAUAUUUGUAAAUGGUCUGUUUGGGCAGGUAAAAUUAUGUAAUGCAGUGUUUGAAACAGGAGAAAAAUUUUUUUCCUUUCUAUUUCCUUUUUAAUGUUUUGUUUUUGGUUUUUUUUUUUUAACUGUAUAAUGUCCCUCAAGUUACGGCAGUGUACCUGUGCCACUGAAUUUCCAAAGUGUACCAAUUUUUUUUUUACUGUGCUUCAAAUAAAUAGAAAAAAUAGUUAUGAUAUUGAUCUUCAACUUUGCCAUUCAUGCUUCUAUGCACAUUAGGCUAAGAAGUUAAGUUCACUUUGAAAGCAUGAGAGCGUCUAGACCUUUGAGUGGCUUAUGCCAUUUCUGGGAAGUGUACCUGGAGGCUAACUACUGCCUUCUACAAAUAACUGCCCCCUUGUUUUAAAAAGAAACGAAUACUGAAGUAGUUUCAUGAUUUGUUUGGCAUUACAGGAAGCAAGCUUUGGUGCUAAGUAUUUUUCAAUGGUUAUGUAAGCAAAGCUGAACUGUAAAUCUUUUCAUUCAGGAAUAUGUAAUUAAGAUUGUGGAAUGGGUUUAAGACUAUUGGUAGGGGAGAAACUGGGUUUGGUUAAAUGGAUCUUUCAUGGCCCUAUGAUCUAUCCCUUCCUUGAAAGUUUUUAAAAAGUGGAAAGAUCAUUUUGUUGCAUUUCCCCAUUCUUGUUUUUAAAGGAACAACAAAUCCCAAGCCCUACAAAUGGCUUGUAUUGGAAGUUUUACAUUUGAAUUAAAGAUUGUUAAACAUGAAGCCUUUUCAUGUAUUACUUCAAGUGAUUUAUAAAGAUGGGAUAUAGUCUGAAAAACAACUUGAAAGCAAGAAAGUUUAGUUACCCUAGAGUUAGCUAUUUACACAUUUAUUUAUACUCUAACUUUUACACCUCCUUGUGCUACUUCUGUUGGGCAAAAUCUGUAGGACUAUAAAAAUCUAUUGGUUCUCUUUUCUGAGAGCUAGUGGUGAUGUUAAUAAUGAAUAGGGCUGCAGAUAACCAUUCUUAUUAUAAAUUUGUUAAUCUGUUUUUACAUAGUUUGCUUUUAAUGUAGCAAGAAUUGUUCAUGCUACACAGUACAGAUACAGUACAGAUAUUCCUUUCUCCCACCAUAAAGUUAUGGAAUGUUUCGAUGGUGUUGUCAGUUAAUUGUCAACUUCAUUGAAUCUCCUUUCAUUAGAACAAGAGACUUUGACUCAAUAUUAUAGAUGGUUUACUGUUUAUUAGUACAAUGGGAGCUGAUUUCCCAGUGUAAAUAUGUUAGAGAAACAACUUUCUAACAGUAGGUAAAGAAAUUGAAUGGUUGGCUUUGUUCUUAGUUAUUAUUCCAUUCAAAUCUGUACAUUAUGGUACAUUAUGGUAUGGAAUGUGUCUUCCUUUUUACCUCUAUUCUUGGGUGCUAAUUGGCAAAAGAAAAAUUCUAAAUCAAACUUUUAAACAUGCUGAAGUUUAGUAUCGUGCCUCAGUACAUAAGGAGACCUAUUGUUGGAAAACUGAACCCUUUCCACAUUGGAAAUGGGAUAGUACAAGUUAAAACACCAGUGGAGCAUGAAAGCAUGUCACCAAAUUCUGUUGUAUAAUUGACAGGUACACGGUGUGCUGAUUAAGGGAGGGAAUCUAUUCACUAGCACACUGGAAGUGGGUAGGGGUAGUUCUACCAUAAUUGAGUUAAUGAGGAAGUUUUACCCUGAAUCAAAGUUGUUAAUUGGUGAUAAAUAUAAGAUUUCUCUGUACGGAAAGAAGGGACUUGAUUUAAAAGGAGUCCGUUACAAUUUGGUUGAAUUGUACAGCAGGGACUCUACUGAUGCCAAGAAAAUAAGGGGUGUUCAUGGGACACCCACAAAGGGUAAACGUGAAUGUGUGUGGGCGGGGGCUGGUGGGAAAGUGGGAAAAUCUGCCUAUAAAAUUAAUGUUUCAGUUUAUUUUUCAGAUUACAUGCCUUUCUUUAUAAGGGAUGCUGGCACAGACCCCCUAAAUUAAGUUUUUGGUAGUACUGUACCUUUGAAGAGUGGUGAAGGAUGCUAAUGGAUUAUCUCCUGAAAGUUGUGGCUUUUGAUACCCUUGCUGUGGGCUGUAGAAUUAAUUGCUAAACGUUGUUUAGCAAGUAAUGUUGCUUAGUAUCAACUGACAUUUGACUUUCCAUCACUGGAACAGCAGUGUACCAAGGGUUGUAAGUGACUCAGACUUUCAGUAAGUCUUGCAAUAUAUAUGCUAGAUUUUAGCCUAAUGUGAACUUAAGUCAUCUUAAAAUAAGUAGUUUCCUGAAAGUUGAUAAUGAAACUUGGGUGGGAGAGGGAAGGUAAUGAUUUUGAAGUAUAUUAGCCAUUUUUCUCAUUUUAAGAAGCUUCCUGCCCCCAUUUCCUCUUCUCCUUUUCUCUCAUAGUUUUAAGAGGAACAUUUGGUUUUUUUUAAAACGUUUCUCCUAAUCUAUAAACUGCAUUCUCUAAAACCCCAGUGUAUUCAUUUAAUAGAUAACCUGUAAGCUUAACCCAUUGGCUCACAUUACUUAGUAAAACCAUAAUCCUGUCUUCUCGGAACAUUAUCAGCCUUAUGAAGUACUGUAAACCCCACCACUCCUGAUAGAUGUAUUAGAUCACUAAUACAAACAGAUAACAAUUUGGGAAACUGUAAUGUUACGCCUGUGCAAUUUUAUAAGUAGCAUAUUAUGGCAGAUAAAAAUUUAGAUACUUGGCUUUUCUUGGGCAAGCCACUAAGUCGUGGUGGAAUGUUUUCUGGUGUUCUUGGACUGCAACUAUGCACUAUUAAAGUAGUGGCCUGCUACAUAACUGCAUUUAGCCAGCAUUUCUGCAGUGCGUAACUGUGAGGAACGUAGUACCGCAAAUGGCAAUGGACAUUAGGACCCGGAUGUAGUAUUCCUGCUUGCUCCAAGAUUCUCAUUGCCGACUGCAUACAGGUAGGUAACAAGCAAUAUAAUCUAACUUGGUGACUUGCUAUGUACUUUUAUUCCGUGGGCAUUCUGACAUCACACUUCUGACAAUGAAAUUACAGUGCAGCACCUAACACAUGUAUGGUAAAGUUAGUAGCUUAUAUCAAAACUGCGUGGGUUUGGGGUUAGAACCGUAAUUUGUCAGGCAGAAUUCAGUGCUGUUGCAGUUCUCAGAUAAAAAGUGCAAACUUGAUUCUUUGGUAUCUCUGACUCAGUUGUGUGGUUUUCUUUAGUUGCAUUGUAACUGACAAUAAAAUGGAACACAUCAGUGGUGCUGGGGGAAAGGGAACCAAAUCAUACUUGGGAACUGGAGUGCUAAAUCUUAGCACCUUGACACGGACUCUAUUCAGCACAUGUGAUGGUUAGUCUCUGUUACAGCAAACUGACCUGCCCAUAGGUUGGCAAUAUCAGUAAUUUCAGUAUGCAAACUUGGUAAUUAUUCUGCAAGUGAGUGAAUCAAGAGUAAAGGUACAGUCUGUUUUUGCUUUUGUAAUGUGAUUGAAAGUUUCUUAAAAACAUGAACUCCGUGGUAACACCUUCGUUACUAACUUGGGCCUAGAUGGGAACCUAAUGUGACUAGUUGAAGUUAUGUGAUUGGUCUCUUCUAUACUCUAAACCUGGGGGAAAAUGGUGUGGAACAGUGACUUGCCUACAGUUGAACAUGUUGGGAAUCAUUCCCAAUCCUAAGACUUCGUCGUAUUCUGUAGGAUGACUGCAUAUGUUCAGAGUAGCCUUUUGAAUUUGGCUCCCUCAGCUUUAGGGAUGUGAUGAUAGUCCAAAAUGUUUCAUUACAAGAGAAAAGUCUUCAAAAGCACCUUCUUUGUUGCUUAGGACUUAAGCUUUGCAUCAACUAUUGUUCCAGACCGCAGUUCAACUUGGAACUUUUGGUCUCUGAACUGGUUUUGAGCUAGCAUGCAUGAGAAACCGCUUUCAUCUACAACGCUCUCUGCUCUGUAACUGGAAAGUUUGGCUUCCUUUGCAUAAAUGCCGGUGAAACAUUCCAUACGUGACUAUGAGACUCUUUUUUCAUUGUAUUAAGAAAAUUAGCUUGCUCUUUGGCAAGCAGUUCUCAGGGUGGGGGCAGAUUUGUAAUUAUGUGUAGUCCAGUCAAGCAAAAACUGUGACUAGCUCAGCUCCUCCAUACAAAUAAGAAAAUGUAGAUCAAACAUAAUGCUCAGUGUUAGCGAUGAAUGCAUCCCUAAACUGCACAGGACCCCGAUGGGUUCCUGUGUCAUAAUCCUUUAAGUUGGUGGCCAGUGCUUGCUACCAGUUUAGUGAUUGGUGUCCAGAAAUAAAAGCUCAGGUUUAAUUUCUCAGCAGUAACAAUUUUCAUAGAAUGCACUUGAAUGACAUACGGACUUCAGGAACAUCAUUGGGAUGGGGGUUAAUUUUGCUUUAGCUUUUUUCUGCUUCACGAUGAUUAGACUUUUGCACUUUAGAAUGAGAAACCUGUGACUUAAGUCGAUUCUUACUAAUUUGUAUGCAGUUUCAAAUUGUGAAUUUUAGUGCAGUGGGUUUUUUUUAAGCACUCAGUCAAAAAGCUGGGAAUUAAGUGGGUUUCAGUAGUAAUGCUAUACCGAGGUGCUUGCAUUGUAUUUCAUAAUUUUGUUCUUGCAAACCAAACUAAAAUUUCAUAAUGACAACAGUCUGAGAUCAGAGGUGUGAUGCCAGAAUGUAUUUUCGUACUGUUAGGCCCUUGGAACAGAUACCGGUGCUUUCUGAAAGAUGAAAGAAAUGCAAUGGGUACUCUUCACAGAAGGCUACAAACCUACAAAGAAUGCAUAGUUCACUUUUCCCCAAUAGAGAGAUGCGUGUGACUAGUUUUGGACUUUAAACCUUAAUGGGGGUUGCAUGUCUCUUAUUGUUAAUCAUUGUCAGCUGCAGUGACAUGAUCACAGUCCUGCAUUUACUGCCUUUCCCUUAAUGAUUUUGGACAGGUUUUUAGAGAGCCAGGAUGCUUGUUCUGGGCCUUUAUUGGUUUUGGCUUUAGCUGAUAAUGUUUCAGUGCUGUCAGCUAGUGCAGUUCUCAAACGGCUGCCUAUUAGGGAAAGAAUUCAGAGGAUUUGACUGCUCCUAAUCAUCUGUCAUUGCUGCUAGAUAAUGAUUGGCAAUUUUUAAGACUCAACUGUGGAAAUUUCACAGUUGCUGGUAACCAUCAACCAUAAAAAUGUUGCUUUUGAACACCAGUGCUGAAGAGAUUUUUUUUUUUUUGAGGGUGAAAGGGGGCUGGUUGUAGAACAGGUUAGGUAUAAUCUGGAGAAUGGGGGAAGAAUGCAAAACGAUAUAGUAUCCCUUAUGGAUGGUACAUGUGCAACAGGGAACUAUUUGGUGUACCUGUGGCUGUAAUGAUACAGGAAGGAAGAAAAACCUGAACUUGAAUUAAGGUUAAUCUGUUUUUGUGCUCUGUGGCCCUGCCAGGCAUAUAGCGAAGGUGAAUGGAUGUCUUCUCCCUUGAGUUCCUUGCUGUCCCAGUAAGGCAUAGCUUCCCUGCCCUAACUUAAAAUUCAGUGAGGACUGAACAAGGCACUUUACAGGAUUGCAGGGUAACCACUGCAGUGUUGUGUACUGUGGGAAGGGGUAGGGUGCACUCGAAAGACUCCUGCUAAAGGUGGUCAGCCCACCUGAGAACAGAAGACAUACUUGAAUGGGGAGCAGGGUAUGUGCUUCUGGAUGAAAAGAGCUGAUAAACUCAUUUGGUAAGGUGACCGUUGUCACAUACCUUCACAUAAGGGAUAGUAUAUUUUGGGUUGCAGUCAAACUUCAUUGUGCUCAGACUGGUGAAAAGGAGUUAGGAUUUGCAUUUUAAAGAAAGUUUUCUUUCUAACUCAAGGUGUCUACUUCCUACUUUAUGUAAGAAUACUUUUAGAUUUUUGUUUUUCCCCAUGAAGUUUCUUCCUAAUUUUUUUUAAGCUGUAACUUAUCCCCAAUCUUUGUCUCUGGAAUUUUUACUCUUUAAAUUUUGAAGUUAACUAGCAUUUUCAAGCCUUUAUUUCAUACCCGUGUCUUCUAUAUUAACUUUUUCUUAUUAUUCUUUAGGUGAGAAUGAUUGAUGUUGGCUGAUACUGGAGGAUCAUUCACUUGAAGUGGAUAAGAAAUUUCUCGAACAUACAGCAGGAGCCAACUUAAGGAAAGCUACGGAUUGUUAGACUGACAAAAGGUCUAAUUGGCAGGAUCAGGUGAGCUGUGUCCAGAAAACCAGCGAGGAAGAAUGCAAGGAGGAAUGAACAACGUCUUGCCAUUAAUAAUAAAGACAUUUUAAAAUUUG